AUGGCAACCGCUGAGGAAGACGCCUGGUGGGAGGGCCUGCCAGACCAGAUUGAGGACUGGGACGCUCCGCUCCUCCCGCCGAUCGCUUCACAAAGCACCGGUCGCCGGAAAUCGUCGGGUGAGAAGGCAUCGCUCAAGGCAAUCCUCGUGAAAGCGGACCGGCAUCAAAGUGGUGUCAGCCCCCCACCGCAAAUUGUGGGUGUACAUGGUGGGGGUGGGGGAGCAAAGGAGCAGCGCAGCCGGAUCGAGGCGAAUCGAAUUGCUGCGCUGCGGAGGCGAAAUGCAGCGACGUGGUACCAGGCAGCACACACGUCCCCAGGGAUGCUCAUCCCCCCAUUUCAGCAGUCAGUUCCUUGUCAGGUUUACCCCCCUGCCCAGGUGCCCCCACACCUCCAGCCCCCCCUUUCAGAGGUUCCCUUCCCUCAAAUGCAUCUCCCAGGGUCGACGGCCCUGCCUUCCCAUGCCAAUGUGGCCCACUUUGGGGCCCGUCUGGGGGCUUUGGAGGAACGGGCGAUGCACGAGAGCGUGCCAGCUGCGUGUCAUCGGAUCGGGGGAACAGCGAAGGCGGCGGAAUAUGGGGGGCAAGAGGUGAACAUAGAAGAGGUGGACGCGAGCAAGACUGAGCUGCGCAAUGGAUUUAAGCCCGAGGUUGGCAGCGAGAAGUUGAGCGACAGUCCCGAGUUCGAGGUGCCAGAAGACUUCUGGGACGAUGUUGAUGAGGGUCAGGGGAGGAACUCUGGGGGCGAGGGGCAAACUGCAGCGGAUUCUUCUGAUGUGAAUAGGCCCCUCCGAGACCCUGGGGUCAUUCGAAGACCUCUAGAAGUUUCCCUCGAGCUCCACACGGUCGACCUUUUCAGGGUCUCGGUCCACUAUGCGUUCUGCGAACCUCCCUCUGGGAGUGUAUUCGCACCAGAUCCGUUUGAGAAUCCGGAGCAGAGAACCAGAUGGGGCCCUGCCGAAAACGCUAAAACCGGGUCGAGCAGUGCCAAAGAAGAGAUCACGAAAGGGGAUUUGCUGCCGGGGGAUCCCUCCGAAGCCCAGUCCCCACCCCCGCCAAUCAAGAGGCCCUGUGACAGCUCCUGGCGGCCGCUCAAAAGCUGGCACAUUGUGAACGACGAAGUGGACGCCCUGAUGGAACAGGGCCUUCCGUCGGGGCUGCGAAAGACGCUGCUGCCGUUCCAGCGGGAGGGGGUGCGGUACAGCCUGCGCAGGGGGGGGCGCUGCCUGAUAGCAGACGAAAUGGGGGUGUGGAAGACAAUACAGGGAAUCACUAUCGCCAGCUGUUACCGCGCCGAGUGGCCGCUCCUAGUUGUCGUUCCUGCCAGCAUGCGGCUGCCCUGGGCGGAAGAACUAGAGCGGUGGCUUCCUUUCCUGGGCCCAAGGGACGUGCACCUCGUGUUCUCCUUCCAGAACGAUCUGCAAGAAGGGGCGCCGUGCCCGAAGGGAAUCGCGCUUUCUCCUUCGAAAUGCCCCAUUUUUGGGUCGAAGCUGCGUAAGGUUGUUGUCAUCUCGUAUACGAUGCUGCGCCGCCUGAAGCGGACGUUCGCCGCCCAUAAGUGGGGCGUGCUUAUCGUGGACGAGAGUCACAACCUGCGUACGACCAAGAACCUCAAAGAGACGGAGGAGAAAGAAACGGUCAAGGAGUUCCUGCAAAAGACGAAGCGAGCAAUCCUGCUAUACGGAACGCCGUCGCUUAGCAGGCCGUUCGACAUCUUCCACCAGGCCGAUGGUUUGUGGACCGGUUUGCUUGGCCGGAACAAGUACACGUUCGCCAAGGCGUACUGCGACGUGCGCACGCUGCGGCGCGGGUGCGGCAACGUCGUCAAGGACUACUCCAAAGGAAUCAGGCUGCAUGAACUGCACGUGCUACUUGCGGAGACGAUCAUGGUCCGGCGGCUCAAAUCGGAUGUCCUGGAUCAGCUCCCCCCGAAGCGGCGCCAGGUCAUCCGGCUGAAACUAGAGGCGGGAGACAUCAAGGACGCCAAGGAACGGACCGUGCAGUUGGCGGCUGAGCUGGCGGCGGCGGGGAAAGUGCGGGGGGGGAAGUUUGCGAGGAUGGAAGCUGAGAUGCUGGCGGGAGAAGAGAGCGAGGAGGGGGGCGAGGAAGAAGAGGCGCUGAGAAGGCUGGUGGAGGGGGGGGGGUAA